ACGCAGCGGCUCGCACUCGCGCCGCCCGUUAACGGCCGCCAUGAAGGAGACGCCGUUGUCCAACUGCGAGCGCCGCUUCCUCCUGCGCGCUGUCCAGGAACGGAAGCGCCUGGAUGGGCGGGAGUGCUAUGACUACCGCAACGUGCGCAUCUCCUUCGGCGCCGACUACGGCUGCUGCAUCGUGGAACUGGGGAAGACCAGGGUUCUUGGACAAGUCUCAUGUGAACUUGUUCCUCCGAAGCCAAAUCGGGCUACAGAAGGUAUACUUUUUUUCAAUCUUGAACUCUCACCAAUGGCAGCACCUGGUUUUGAGCCUGGCAGGCAAUCUGAAUUACUGGUGAAACUGAACAGACUAAUAGAACGAUGCCUGAGAAACUCCAAGUGUAUAGAUACAGAAUCUCUCUGUGUUAUUGCUGGUGAAAAGGUUUGGCAAAUCCGUUUGGACCUGCAUCUGUUAAAUCACGAUGGGAACAUUAUUGAUGCUGCUAGCAUAGCAGGAAUUGUAGCUUUGUGCCAUUUUCGCAGACCAGAUGUAUCUGUACAAGGAGAGGAAAUAACUGUGUACACCCCUGAGGAGCGUGAUCCUGUCCCUUUGAGUAUCCAUCACAUGCCUAUUUGUGUCAGUUUUGCCUUCUUCCAACAAGGGACCUACUUAUUGGUGGAUCCAAGUGAGAGAGAAGAACGUGUAAUGGAUGGCCUCCUUGUAAUUGCUAUGAAUAAACAUCGUGAAAUUUGUACCAUACAAUCCAGUGGUGGGAUUAUGCUAUUAAAAGAUCAGGUUCUGAGAUGCAGCAAAAUAACAGCUGUUAAGGUUGCAGAAAUAACAGAACUAAUUCAAAAGGCAUUGGAGAAUGACCAGAAAGUUAGGAAAGAAGGUGGGAAGUUUGGCUUUGCAGAAUCUAUACCAAAUCAAAAGAUCACUGCCUUCAAAAUGGAAAGAGCUGCUGUUGAUACUAAGAAUGUGGAAGAACAAGCAGAGGAAAUCAUCACUAAAGCUGACCCUCCUUCAGAAGUUUUUACCAAACCAAUAUUGCAUACCCCUGGGACUGCUCAAAUUGGGGAGGGAAUAGAGAAUGCCUGGGGAGACCUUGAAGAAUCUGAGAGGGAAGAAGCAGCAGAAGAAGAAGGUGAAAUUGAUGCUACUGCUUUUGAAUGUCAAAAAAUGGAAGAUACAUGUAUUACAAAUGAAACUGAGAAAGAUGAACCUAUUGUACUGUCUGACAGUGAAGAGGAAGAAGUUGUCAUCCUAGAACCACAGGAUGCACCAAAAAAAACAAGGUAAGGAUCGGCGUCAAUGAGACUCAGCUCCCCCAGGUACUGCAAGGAAGACGAGAGAAAGGGAAUCAUCUACCUCCGAAAGGAAGAGGAAUAUUAAAAUGGUUCCACCCAGACCAUAAUCCAAAACUUCCAAUGCUGCCAUCAGUCAGGGGAAACAGCUUUUCCCAGUUAACUCCCUUAUUGAGUUGGCCCAGAAAUUUGUCCUUCUAAUAAGUACUGAUAUUCUGUUUAGGACAAAAUUGACACAGGUUAAGGCGUUGGACAUUGGCACAAGAAAGAAAGAGAGGUAAGAAUGAGGGCUGACAAACUAAGCCAUCACCUCCAGUUCUGGGACUACCUGAACAGCAACAAAGCUCAAGGAAUAUACCAAAGAAAUAUCUCUUCUAGCAUCUGCAUUAGCUCAGUCUAACACCAUUCCUCUGCACGAUGUUUCAAUGCCACAUAUUUUUAUCUUUAGAGGUGUGCGAGAUCUGUAGAGAUGAGUCCAGUCAUAUCUGACCUUUGUCUAGCAAGACAACUGCUUCUGUUUAGCAUCUCUGGCACCUGCCACACGCUUUGGGUUUAAGAUAAUUUAAGACUUAAUCUGGAAUAAACCCAAGAUGUUCA